GGUUCUGGAAGCGAUCUUUGAAUUUUUAUUGUGCAUGCAUGUAUGCGGAAAUGAUGACAAUCAGACGAUAAGAAGGAAAAUUUAUUAUAUUCACAACAAAACCUUAGAAUAACAUUUCGGACCGGGAAUGUUCUGAAUUUGGAAUCUCCUUAGAAAACCACAAUCUAAUAAUUUAAUCAUAGUGAACUCAGUUUUAGAUAGAAGAGGAUUCACUGCAAGUAAAUGUUGUAAUUAGUAAUAACAUAAAAACCUUUUUUUAUGCCAAAGAAACAAAACAGGCAAAUGUAUGAAGAAGAGACUGAUAAUAUGAAUACUAGCCUAGACAGCCUUUACGGUUAAUUCGAGCCCAAACAUCUACAAGGAAAAAAUCUAACGGUGCAAUACAGACCUGCCAGUCAGCGCACCAGAAUAUUUUGACAAUCAAGCAAGUUCGUCGCUUCUAUCCAACUCCACAACUUGCAGCUCUUCAGUGAAUUUUCAGAACUAAUUCAACCUGAUGACUACCAGAACGGGUCUUUUCCCAAUCAUUUGGGUCACAAUUCUACUAGCUGGCAAUCACGGACACCGCUCCAGCAGGGAUGAGUCAAGUCGUCUCACUUUUAUAAGAAAUCAAGAUAAUUUCGACCAACAGCGCAUUCGUUUAUUAGGUGAACAUCAAAUGUAUUUUGAUCCAAAAGGUGCAAGAUUGAAAUUAAAUUCUAAUUUGCACCAUGAGAGACUAGCUACCGGUGCAAGAAUCUUUCCAAAAAUCAAACAAAAUUACACAAGCUAUGCGGGCAAUUACACCAAAGAGACUGUAACGGACUUAGUGAGUUCUGAAAAGACCUUCAGAACUUUUGGCAACAAAUCUGCGAAUUUCGAUCCGUUUGACCAGGAAUUUUUACAGGAUAUCAACGAAGAUGAUGUUAAUCAUGAUCGCGUCCUGGUAAAUGUACUAGUUGGCCUCUCUGAGAUACUCAGCAAGUUUGGUUUUGGUCCUGAUUAUUGCUCACCUACCUUUACCAUCCACGACAUUCAUCUUGCGUCACGAGACAUCACUGAACAUUUAUUUCUCAAUAGCUCUAAAAAAUCAACGAAGCUUUGGAAGGACGCCAGUCAUCCGUUACGCCGAAGAAUACGUGAGAUUACCGACAAGUUGCUCGUCCAUAAAGAGGACUGUAACUUUGGGGGUUCCAGACAAAACCGUAUUAAGAACAGUUUCGAAAAGCUCAUUUUCAAUUUGGACAAUGGACUGAAAAAAUAUCUGUCUGCUAAAAUUUUUCCAAUAAUAGACUACGUUAGUUCUAGCCCAUAUGACCUUGUAGAAAAGCUGUUCCCAAUACUCGUCCAUAUUUGUACAGGUACAUUUGGAGAGAAAGGUUCCAGUGUAAUUCUCUGCGAAAAAGAUCUAUUGCGUCUCAUUCUGAAGGUGCAUGACCGCCAAUCUGAAGAUAAUAGUAAUACUGACCAUCUGAUGCGGUACAAGCGCUAUGCUGAAGUAGAGGAAUCGGAGACAUUGUUGACGUCGGAAGAUUCUGCAUCGCCCGUAAUAUCCACCGACAUUGAAAAAAGUGGAAGCUACGGGGCAGAAGGCUACGGAGGGUAUGACGACCCAGGCGUAAUCGUAGUUCCUCAUGAGGAUUAUGAUACCAGUUACCCGUACCUGCUGAAAUUUUUGGCAGCUUUAUCCAUUGCCACGUGGGUCUUCCUCGGACUUCUUGCUGCUCAGACUUUGGCUGCGCUUAUUCUCUUGGCUGGUCCGAAAGGAGCUAAAGGUGAUAAAGGUCCCAAAGGAAUUAAGGGGAUGAAAGGUGACAAAGGAAUGAAGGGCAUCAAGGGAAUGAAAGGCGAUAAAGGAAUAAAAGGAGUGCAGGGGCCAAGUGGUGCAAUAGGAGAUACCGGAGAGGCUGGCGAGACAGGUGAAGCUGGCGUAAUAGGGGACACUGGGCCAAAAGGCUUCAAGGGCCCUAUAGGAACAAUGGGAACUAAAGGCACCAAAGGACCAAAGGGCGCAAAGGGUGAUAAAGGAGACAAAGGGGCUAAGGGGUUAAAAGGUGUAAAAGGGAAUCCAGGGAGGAAAAAACGUGCAGCGCAUAAUAGUCAGUUAGGUUCCGAUAUGCCCGAUUUGCAUGACACUCCUCAACUCCUCGAAGUUUUGUAUCGUGCGAACAACAUAAACGCUCAAGAAACGUAUCAAAAUUUCACCAAAAUGGAGAUGGUCGACAUUAUGAACUCACUUUGGAAGCAGUUACAAAGUCCUGUUGGUUGUCUACGCUGUGUUUUGUUCGAAUACUUGAGUGUCCAGCCAUCGGACUCACUCGACUCCUACAUAACCGCCGGGUUCGCCCACGUGCUCGGGGACUCGGGUUCUCUGCAGCUCCUGGACGACGUGAGGCGCGGCCGGCAGCGCGGCGUCAAGAUGCGCUGCAGGAGAAAGAAAAAUUCUUGCAAUGUUCAGUACCUGAAAAAUAUUUGAU